AGAGCCCCACAGCCUUUAUGGAAAACCUCACCAUGGCUAACAUGACCGUGGAGAACGGCACGGCGGUGCAGGACAACCAGACCCUUGGCGUUUGGACUGACUACACAGCUGAAUACAAAGUGGCCAGCGUGUUUUUGGUGUCUGUCAUAUGCGGGGUGGGGAUAGUGGGGAAUGUGAUGGUGAUCCUGGUGGUGCUGACCACCAAACACAUGCGGACCCCCACCAACUGCUACCUGGUGAGCCUGGCCGCGGCUGACCUGAUGGUGCUCACCGCCGCCGGGCUGCCCAACAUCACGGACGCGCUGUACGGACAGUGGGUGUACGGCUACGUGGGCUGCCUGGGCAUCACUUACUUCCAGUACCUGGGCAUCAACGCGUCCUCCUGCUCCAUCACCGCCUUCACGGUGGAGCGCUACAUCGCCAUCUGCCACCCCAUCAAAGCGCAGUUCCUGUGCACUUUAUCCAGGGCGAAGAAGAUCAUCAUGCUGGUGUGGGCUCUCACCUCCGUCUACUGCGUCAUGUGGCUGUUCCUGUCCGACACCACAAAGCUCGUCUACGACAACGCCGUCCUGCUCAGCUGCGCCUACAAAGUGUCCCGGAGUCACUACCUGCCCAUCUACUUCACGGAUUUCGCCGUGUUUUACGUGCUGCCCCUCAUCCUCGCCACCGUUCUGUACGGCCUGAUCGCCAGGAUCCUCUUCCUCAACCCGCUGCCCUCGGACCCGAAGGAGAACACCAAGAAGUGGAAGAAGGAGAGCUGUCAGGGGGGCAGGAUGGUCAGCACCAGCUCCUCCAGCAGCACCACGGCUGCCUCCCGCAGACAGGUGACAAAGAUGCUGGCUGUAGUGGUGAUCCUCUUCGCCUUACUUUGGAUGCCCUACCGCACCUUAGUGGUGGUCAACUCCUUCCUGGACAAGGCCUACCUGGACACCUGGUUCCUGCUCUUCUGCCGGCUCUGCAUCUACUUAAACAGCGCCAUCAACCCGGUCAUCUACAACGCCAUGUCCCAGAAGUUUCGCGCCGCUUUCAAGAAGCUGUGCCACUGCGGACCUCAGCGCAUGGAGAAGCCCGCCUCUUACAGCGUGGCGCUCACCUACAGCGUUAUCAAGGAGAUUUCCAACGGGGAAAGCCCUGAUCACUUCACGACGGAGAUGGACGAGCUGACCACACCGACCGAUCAGUUCCUGCCCACUAGCAUCCUGCCGACCGCCAAGAUGUCUUUUGAGGAGCCCUCCCUGUCGGGGAGCAGUAUCAAAGCCUGA